AGUUAUAAAACCUCAGUCCGAGAGCGCUAGUCGUCCGGGUCGGUUGGGUUUCGUCUAUUCCACUUUGGUCGUCAGGUGUGCUGCUCGUCUUGGUACCUCACAGCAGCAGCUGCUCCUCCUCGAACGCUGUCAAGGCAAUUCUCUCCACAAAAACCGCCUGCGUGUCAUUUAUUUUUCCGCCGAGACGAAGUUGCAAACGAGCGAAAUGUCAAAGGUCAAUGGAUAACCCGUCAAAUUGUCUCAUUUACGUCAUUCACACCACCACCGCCGCCAAUCUCCAUCAGCGACACCUUAUUUUCAACUAGCUGCUUGUUUUUGUUUCUUUUAGACCGGGUCACGGAAGAAGAAUUUUUUUUUUUCAAAAAGGAAAUGGCGACGACGCGAGAUAUCGAAUCGGAGUUGAAGCGGCGGGUGGCGUACCUGCCGGGCGGUCGGGAUCGCUCGGGUCAGUCGUUAAUUGUCGUGCCAAUCGAUCCGCCUCCAGCCGGAUUGUGCGGAGCAUCAGCCGCCGUGGGAUCUUCUUCUUCACAAGCGACCGGCAAUAAUAACAGCCGCUCACACCAUCACCACCAGCACCACCAGACCAGCAGCAGCCGCGAAUUGAACGACUCGUUCGAUUCCGAUUCGCGGCUCAUGACCCGCGGAGAAGAGGAACGAUGCCAAGAUCUCGACCGAGUCCUCCGUUACUUACUACCCAUCGCUCUGGGAUCGUCGGCGAGCAAGAGUGUCGUCGUGCUCAUGGACGCCCGCCAGGGUUGCUGGCGCCUGCUGAGAGCUUCGACAGAGCAGGUGCAAAUCACGCUGGCCAACCACCUGGCCGCCGUCUGGGCCCUCAAGCCGGAACCUUUCUGGGAAAAGCAGCACGUCGAGUGCGUGAAAAGCCGCCAGGAUUGCAAGAUCCAGUACAUGUCCUUGUCCAAACUCCACAAGUUUGUCGAUCUGGAUCAAUUGCCAGAAGAGCUGGGCGGCCAGCUUCCCUACCAGCACAAGCAGUGGGUCAAGAACCGACUGAGGAUGGAAACGUUCGGCAAGCGGUCGCAGAUGAUUCUUGCCAACUUGUCGGAAGUGCGGGGCCAGUUGGAGCGCGGCUGCGAGCUGCAGAAGAGCGACGGCGGCUUCCGCAUGAUCGAUUGGAUGGUCUCGCUGGGCACGCUCUACCGCAACUGCCUCGCCAACGUCCGCAAAGUCGAACAAAACGGGAGGAAACUUUACAAACAACUGGAGACGGACGAGGAGUCGGGUUUCCGGCUGGCCCGAACCGACGGAUCCGUGACCGAGUACACCACCCAGUGCCAGCGACUGGUGCAGGAGGCUCUGGCCGGCAUACGCGGGCGAGUGGGCGAGGCCGAGCAGCUCUACGCCGAGCUCCAGUGCGGCAUCCAGCACGCCCGUGAAAUCCGCCGGCUGGAGGCCGGCGUCGAGGCCGUCACCGGUUGGGUCCUCGGCCCGGGCGCCGAUCUCCUCCGCCAGUUGAUCCUGCGCGGAAUCGGCCAGGAUCCCGACUCGGUCCUCGUCCUCCAGCAGGAGCUGGAACACCUCGAGCUCAAAUGUCGCGACACUUAUGCCAAAUACGCGGAAGUGCGUCACCGAUUGGGUUUCCUCUUCCGGUCGCGCUGCAUCCUGCCCAGCGACAUCAAGCCGAGGCGGAGCUUCAUGGAUUCCGUGUGCCGGACGUUCGCCGGUCUGCUGGAACGACGCCGACGCGUCCUCAUCACGUCCUACAAAUUCCACCGCCUUCUAGCCGAGUUUCACGUCAAAUUGGCCGACGCUUUGCGGGCCGUUCAGUCGUCGGAAGUGGGCGAGGAUCCCACCAAAGCCGAAGGUGCCAUGAACAUGCUGGACGAGUUCCAGCAAUCGAUCGACGGCCUGUGCGGUGAAGUGGAGUCGGAAGCCCAGCGGUUGCUGGACCUGUUGGUUCUGCCGCCGCGAGACGCCGUCGGCCGGGAACUGCAGGGAUACGACCACCGACGCGAGAGGCAGCACGUCCAGUUCUUCCUGCGGAGGGUCCAAGACGGCCAGGGCCGUCUGCAACACGCCUGGAGCAUGGAGCGACUCCGGCUGAGGAGGAUCAUUGAAAUUUCCACCUGCGAAAGAGACUCCCAACAGGCUCUGGCGUGGCUUGGUGAUUUGUGCAAUGUCAUGAAAACGUCCAGAGGCCGUGUGGGAUGUAACCAGAGUGAAGUCCAAGUGCUCAAACAGCAACAAUCCAAAUUCCAGGAAACGGCCAGGGGAGCUUAUGAGUACGGCAUGGGUUUGCUGAUGGCCGCUCUUGUCUUGCGUCGCUCGGCCAGUUUGUCGCCGGACCGCAAUCGCCAGCUGGCCGCCAUGCUCGGGUCCGUCUGGAACCGACUCUUGGCCGCCAUCAGGGAACAGAUGACCCGCCUCAGAGUUGCUGGACUGUUUUAUCGCGACAUAGCACAGCACGAAGCCGAUCUGAACGAUCUGGUCAACUCUGAGAAUCAAACCAAGUGGGCGAAAGAAAACGGGACAGGCGGUGAAUCUCUGGCGCCGGAAGCCGAGCAAGUCUUCCGCACUCUCGGACGGACUGUCCGUCUCGGCCGGCUGCUGCAGCGCAAAAUCCUCGAGCCUCUAUUGCCGGGAGAAGGGUUUGACGGCUGUCCGGAGAACCAACAGGCCGUCCAGGUCAUCAGCGAGAGGAUUGGCAACGUGACGGACCUGGCCCACCGUCUGGACGUGGCCCUGGGCAACAACGCCGACUCGUACGUCGACGCCUACAUCAUGGACGACAGCGUCUUCGACAUGGAAGAGAUCGACGUCGAAGUUGGAUUCGAGGAGACGGACAGCCUGUGCCACGAGUCCAGCCCCAAAGACGACGACGCCAGCAAGUUGUCGUGCUACCAGUCGGCUUCGUCCAACUGCAGCUGGAACAGCCUCAGUCCCGGCCGCACCGUCGUCUCCAAAACGCUGGAGCAGCUGGACAUGAAGCCGAUGGACGACUUCCGCGACUACGUCAAUUUCACGCCGACGCCGUCCAAACUCUUCCUCCAAACGUGCACGCCUUCCUCCGGCGUCGGCUCCUCCACUUCCGGUGGAUCCAUCGGCGGCCUCUCGCCCAACUCGUCCGAGGACAGCGGAUUCGGCACUGGACUUCGAGUCUACAACGGCAGCGGUUCUGGUGGUGGCUCCGGCAAACUCUUCGUCAAACCGGACGAACCGGCCCCUACGACCGGGGUCGACGCCGGUGUCGGUGUCGGCGACAAGCCCGUCAACAAGAUGGACGAUUUGCUGGGCGGGUCCCGGUUCCGUAGUAGCAUCUGCUACGCCAGAUCUGCCUCUUGCGAUUCGCUCUUUUAAAUUAAAAUUCAAAGAAUUCUACAGAGAAAAGAAAAAAACAAAAAUUAUUGAACACAAUUCAAAUGAAACAAAAUCACAUUUUUUCUUUUUGCAUAUCACCCAGAGUCUCUAUUAUAUGAUGGCCGCUUCAUUCAUUCUGUUCAUUAAUAUUUUUUUUUUUCGUUUUUUUUUAUUAUUUUGUCUAGUUAAUUUUUUUGACGUUUCAUUUGUUCUUUUUUUUUGUAACAACACACACACACCGCACUAACUGAAUUGCCAACGUUUCAUUCCUGCAGAGAAUCAGAGAAUAAAUUAUAUUAUUCUACGAA